AUGAAGUCUGCGCUGUAUUUGUGUUUGUUGCUUCUUGGAUUACAAGUCCAGGGUCAACUGAAGUCCAACCUCAACGAUGAGCAGCAGGAACAAGAAAUAGCCCAUUUCUCAGAAGACCAUUCCCAGGCUGAAGGUGAAAACUCACCUCACGCCAAGAUUGCCCCCAGCAAUGCCGACUUUGCAUUUAGGGUUUACAAGCAGAUCAGAGAAGAGACAGGCAACAAGAACAUUUUCUUCUCUCCUUUGAGUAUCUCCACUGCCUUUACAAUGCUCUCCCUGGGGGUCAGAUCAAACACUCUCAGUCAGCUGCACAAAGGCCUCGCCUUCAAUCUGACAGACAUGGAGGAGCAGGAGAUCCAUGCUGGAUUUCAGCGCAUCCUCCAGCUGCUCAACGACCCUCACCGAGAAGACCAGUUGAGCAUGGGCAACGCCCUGUUCGUAGACGACCGACUGAAACUGCUCAAAAAAUUUUUGGAUGAUGUGAGAAAUCUGUAUUAUUCUGAAGCUACUUCUACUAGCUUCCAGAAUCCUCCAGAGGCUAUAAAGGAAAUCAAUGAGUACAUAGAAACAAAAACUCAUGGGAAAAUUGUUGAUUUCCUCCAGGAUCUUGAUCCACAGACCGUGAUGGUUCUGGUUAACUACGUUUUCUUUAAAGGUUACUGGGAAAAACCUUUCAGCCCUUUGUCCACCAGGGAUGCUGACUUCAUGUUGGAUGCUAAAAAUUCCGUAAAAGUCAAAAUGAUGCAUGAAAAGAAACACUUUAAUAUCCAUAGAGAUGAGAAGUUGUCUUGCUGGGUAGUAGAAAUCCCAUACAAAGGAAAUGCUACUUCAUUGUUCAUUCUGCCUGAUGAAGGGACAAUGAAGCAAGUGGAGGAUGCUCUGCUAAAAGAGACAGUGUCUAGCUGGUUGAAAUCACUUGAAUACAGGUAA